GGGCGUUACAACUUUACUAUGCUGUUCAGUUCUAUAAAAAAACCAUAGUGAAUCCACAGAUUUAUCAAACUCCGAUAGUCUGGUUUCUUUUUUAAACAGAAUACCGGAGUUUGUACAGUGUUUUUCGGACUACUGGACAAUCGGUUUGAUUUCCGGAUAGUCCGGGGAAAAAUGACUAGGUGGCGAGUUUCAGCACUUUUUCCGACAGCAGCAAAUUCGCUGACAGACCCCUGACCGGAAAAAGCCGAAAGAAGUUUAAGAAACGUUCAGUUCAUGUAAAACAUAGUGUUACAGCUGUCCAGUCAAAUAAAAGACUGUGAAAUCUGAGCUGCUAAGGUUUGCAUCAAGCAUGAAGCUUCAUUUCAGCACUGCACGGGGACGCUAUGUAAACAUGAAGGCAUUUCUUUUAUGAGCACAUCUGAACAGACGGGAGUGAAAGCAGACUUCUGUCACACACUGUCAGCUAAAGAGCACAAUGGGUAUUCUGCUCAGCAGAAUCUAUGAAUCUUUGAUGGGAUUCGGUGGGAUGAAAGCAAGAAUCCUGAUGCUGGGAUUAGAUGCUGCUGGUAAAACUACAAUUUUAUACAGACUGAAGCUGAAUAAAACCAUCACCACUAUCCCCACUGCUGGAUUCAAUGUGGAAACUGUGGAACCUAUCAAAAAUGUGUCCCUCACAGUGUGGGAUGUUUGUAGCCACCCAAAAGUAAGACCCUUAUGGAGACACUAUUUUUCGGGCACUGAAGGCUUGAUCUUUGUGGUGGACAGUGCAGACCCUGAAAGGUUUAGUGAAGUGCGAGAGGAGCUAGAAGCUGUUCUAGUACAUGAACAAAUGAUGACAGUACCUUUUAUGAUUCUGGCCAACAAGCAGGACUUACCUGGAGCUCGGCAGCCAUCAGAAUUGGUGGAUGCUCUUUGCUUAAGGAAAUGGCGUGGACAUGAGUGGCACAUGCAGGGAUGCUGUGCUGUGAACGGAGAUGGACUGGUGGAGGGACUGCAGAGGCUAUCUGAGCUGGUGAAACAGAACAAGAAAUAAAAAAGUUUAUUGUAGUGAUGACAGCAAGAGCAAUAGGGUUACCUCCACCUGUCCCACUUUGGGUAGUUGUGUCCUGCAGAAAAAAUGAAAAAAUGGAAAAUGUCCUGAUAUUUUAGGACACAAUUAUUUCCUAUAUUUCAUGUAAUAGUUGCAUAGAACAGUUGUUCUGUAUCCAAAACACCUAAAUAUUAUAAGAAACAGAAUAAGCAACUAAAAUGCAACUAGAAUAAGCCUUUAUUUAGGCAAAAAAGUGAAGUUCUGUCCUUCAUACUGACAGUUGGUAUGUUUCGCCCUGCAAAAUCUGUUUGUACCAAAAAUGUCCCACUUUGGGCAUUUGAAAGGGUGGCAACCCUAAAGAGCAAUAGACAGUGGUACUUGUCAUUCAGUCAGUUUUAACACCAGUAAAGAUAUGCACUUCAUCUUUUGAAUAGCUAGAUGGAAUACUAAACACAGCACAUACAUUUUUACAUUGCUUUAGCAUGAUUACCACAGAGUAUGUGGACAACCUUCUCCAUCUGAUUAGCAGAUUAAAUUAAUAAACCAAUGGCAACUUUUAUUAAUUUUCAAUUGUUUAAGUCUGCAUUGGUUAUUUUUGUCACAUAUUGAUGAAAGUCUGUAUGCUUGGAAUUAUUCAAUAUGUUUUGUUUCCUGUACUAUUAUUUAUUAAAUAAAGUGUAGUAUUUUGAUUAA